GAUCCCACAGACGAGCUAUGACCUGACAGACAGGACACGAGAGAGCAUCACAGCCAGUGGACUUGCUAGAACCAUAUUUUUGUUUUGUUUUGUUUUUGAGGCAGGGUCUCAUGUAGCCCAGGCUAGCCCUAACUCCCUUUCUACUUCCAAAUGUUGGGAUCACCAUCAUGUAUGGUGUGCACCACCAUGCCCAGCUCUCUGGGAACCCUCCUCAAAAUGGUUAUCCUAGUGAUGUCGCUUCCUUCCUUCUCUGAAGACACUCUAGUGAACUUGCUUAAGGCCAGGCUUGAGGGGCCAGCUUGAGAUGGCUUUGGUACAGAUUUGGUUUGUGAAUAUUGGGAAUGUGUUGGGGAACUACAUAAAGAAUGUCGGCUAGGGGACAGGAUGGGGGACACUUGGUCUUGCAGAAGACUCAAGCUCGGUUCCCAGCCCCCGUGAGAGGCAGCUCACAACCGCCUGUACGUGAGUCCACCUCCAGGGUAUCUUACUCAUCCCAUCUGACCUCUGCCUUAGUGGGCGCCUACACACGGUACACCUAUCACCGUCCCCCAGGUACCUCCUUAAAAAUUAAAGAUAACUUUAGUUAGACCAAUUAAUAAUGUCUAUUCCUUCAACACUGAAUAUGAUAGUGGGAACAUGGAUCUGUUUGGAGAGAUAGAUGACGUUUCCUCAGAGAGCGACGAGGACCAGCGAGCACCUGCUCCAAGACGGCCUGUCACAGGUGUCUGCCCAACGCAGAGCACAGCUGGAACCAUUGGCACAGCUGGAACCUGUGGAGUGCCUCAGACCCAGCAGGUGGAACGCCGCGUCUCUGAAACCAGAGUGAGAAUAGCAGUUCCCAGCAUCAAGUCCGACUUGGGAAAUGAGUUGUAUUUUGUUAAACUACCCAGAUUUCUCAGGAUAGAACCAAAACCAUUUGAUCCUCAGCAUUAUGAAGAUGAGUUUGACGAUGAGAAAGAGCUCUACGAGGAAGACAAAACGAGGUUAAAACUAAAGGUGGAAAAUACUAUACGCUGGAGGAUGUGCCGGGAUCAAGAAGGUUCUAAAACUAAAGAAAGCAAUACUCGGAUAGUCAAGUGGUCAGAUGGAAGCAUGUCCCUGCAUUUAGGCAAGGAAGUGUUCGAUAUCUACAAAGCCCCCCUGCAGGACAAUCUAAACCAACUGUUUAUACGGGAAGAUACUGGGCUCCGAGGACAGGCCAUCUUUAAAUCCAAACUUACCUUUAGACCUCACUGUACAGACGGUGCCACGUAUAAAAAGAUGACCCUUUCAUUUGGGACCAGAAGUUCAAAGACACAGAUUAGAAUCCUCCCGAUGGCUGGUCGAGAUCCUGAAUGGCCAUGCCCAGAUUUGAUCAAGAUACAGAAGAAAGAACUGAGGGUAUCUACUCCCCGAAAAGUCCGUCCGCAGAGGAAGAACCAGAGGCAGAAGAACCAGCAGCGUACAGAUCCAGUUUCCACCAUCCAGAAGCCUAAGCAUGAUGUCGAGGAGGAGGAGGUGGUGGGAGAGGGAGAAGACGGGCGAAGCCAGGCCUCCAGCCUGGUUGCCACUAAGAGCCGUCAGCAGGGUGCAGCCUGCAAGAAACAAGCCCUGUCUUCUUCAGAUUGCAAUCAUGAGGGACUGGAAGAACAUGAAGCCAGAGGGUUACUCAAAGCAAAGAGACUCGGGAGUGACCGAGGAGACAAGCCCUUCAGGAGAGAACAAGGAAGAAAGAGGAAGACUGAGGAGUAACUGCGCACUGGUGUCUAGCAUAGCCAAGCCGUUAGAUUUCCCUCUGUGCUGGGACGGACUCUAGGGCUUUGUGUGUGCUGAGCAUGCGUCCUACGACUUAGGUACAUCCCUCGCCCGCCAGAUCUACCAAAGACAGAACAGUUGUUCUGACCUAAAUGAACCAAUGAGACGGGCCAUGCAGAAACCCCUAAAUUCCAUUCUCCUUUCAUGCAUAUAUAUUAUGUAUUUUUUGUUUUGUUUUGAAAUGAGCUGUCACCAGGUAGCCCUGACUGGCCUGGAAUUCACAAGAUGUACCUGCCUCUGCCUCCACAAGACUGGGAUUAACUGUGUGUGGCACCACACCUCCCCCCUUUAAACUUUUAUAGCACUAUUCUGUAGCUGUCCAAUAAAACUAGUUAAUAUUAGCUCCAGAAAGCAUUCAGGCUCAUCUAGAAUACCCAGAAGUCCUUAGCUUCGGUUUCAGUCAGGGCUCCUAUAUAUGGUGCUGAUCUGAAGCCUCUGAUAGACCCAUUACUCUCUAGGCAUGAACUCUACAGAUCAUGCAAGAAAGCUUAACAUUUGAAGGGCAAAACCGUUUGGCAAUCUUGCACAGACUUCAUCCCUGGGCUCAGCAGUUUCAACUGCCUUAGGGAACACAUGGUCCUCAGGGGCCAACACAUGGUGGCACUGUUCAGGCCCAGUGCAUAGCACUCUAGGCCUCUCAUACUUGGGAGAGCUGCAGCUUGCGCUGCAUGAACGUCCAUGACUCACCAUCCUCAGGAGAAUAAACACAGCCAUUUUUAUUCAUGAAACAGUGAUGUCAGCCAAGCAUGGCUGACUUACAGCUCACACCCGAUUGCAGCAUUUGAAAGACUGAAGCAUUUUGAGUCUGAGCCCAGCCUGGGACCUUCAGUAAUGUACUUCAAGUAGAUUACUGCUAUACUUGAACCAAAAAUAAUUUCAUAUGGUUUAAUUUAUACUCAUUCUUGUCUGUCCAUAAAACUAAACUGACAUAUACAAAGGGCACAUUUUGCAGUAAGGCAAAGGUCAUUGGGCAUCAGUCACCCCCACCCUACCCUCGGAGUCAGUGAAACAUAUCACAGACAGGCACAACUGUGCACUGAUACAAAGAUGGCUGACUACAGACCAUUCUGCAUGGUUCCACAUGGUGGCGCAGGCUACAGAUUGGGUGGCUCCAACAGACUUAAUGCCUUACAUUCCUAGCACCAAGGCUUAGUCCUAGUGAGGGCUUGUAGACAGCCUGCUACCUUCUUGCUGGUCCUAAAGAG